UAGCCUAGGCAACAGAGUGAGCCUCUGUUUCCAAAAACAAAAAAAGGUACACGAGGUUGUGCCUAAUUCUGCUUUGUGUAGUAAGAUUUGUAAACCAGGUUGUUGAUAGAUGAAGAGAAAUUUAUCUCAUGCAGGAAGAAAGCAAGGUAGGAGCCUGUAGCCUAGACCAAGGCAUAUGCAAAUACUGCAUGUUCAAGAAAUAGUGACAUUGAAUUGAAUGAACCAGAGUUUCGGGUGCCUGAAGCAGAGUAAUAGGGCAGGAAGCUGCAUAAAAAGAUGGGCCUGGUUGUGUAGAGCCUCCUUAUGAGAGAAGCAGCUAGGAAUCAACAGUUUAAGAAACUGAAGAGCAAGUAUCAUGAAGAUAUAAAUAGGUUGAUGGAUUUGCACAUAAGGUGAUACUUGUAUACUUAAUGAGAAAUUUUUCUAUAGCAUGAUAGAUGGUGGAAAUUAUAUAGGAAUUGGAUAGAUGUGAAUUUUAUGAGUAUUUGACUUUAGUGGAAGUCUAUUUGGUCUCAAAAGAGGAAGGAGAUGAAGGUUUUUGGUUUGAUUUUGUUUGUUAAAGAUGGGAGAUUUGAGCAUGUAUCUAAGCAAAUGAAAGAAGUGGAAAAGAAAUGAGAUGGAUGAGAAAAGGAGAAGAGAGUCACCUGUUUAGGGAAGUAUGGAGAUGCUAAACCUGGCCAUGAUCAUGGGGAGCAUUUUGCUAAUGCUGAAACAAAGUACGUGUGUGCUUAUUAACAUAUAGCAUUUCUAAGUUAGUCCUGGGAAUAAAAUGGGUAAGCUCUAGCCAAAAUUCUCUUUCCCAAGAAAUACAUUAUCUCCACAUAGCAUUCAUUACAUUAUUAUUUGUUUCAUUGACUUUUUUCCCUAAUGGGUGUCAAACCUGUGUCUGAUUCUUAGGCCCCAGAUAACUAGUACAAUGCUAGGUGAAUUAGGAAAAUGGCCUCUGAUCCAUAGCUGCUUUUCACGCAAAAACCUACAGAAGUCUGCUGAAAAGGUAUUUGGAUAAUUAAACAAGACCGAAAAGUAAUGACUAAUGACAGAGAAUCUUGCAAACUGAAGGUCUCUGCCCAGGCAGGGAAACGAACUAAUCAAUAUUCAACAGUUAUGUGUGCUGUUUUUUAGUGCUGUCGAUGCCUUGGGAAAGAAGGGGACAUGGUGUAAUCAUAGUAUUAAGGGGAAAGUGGUUGAAAUGUUUCCUGAGCGCUCUCGUGCAACUUUUGCUCCGUUCACACCUGGUGCUACAGGCUCGGCCCCGAGGUUAUACCCACCAAGAGGAAGGAUCAGGGCUGGGGCUGCCAGCGCCAGGGGAACUCGCUCCGGAAGCCGCCUCGCUCCGGAAGCCGCCCUGCCCCGCGCGCCCUAGCGUCCCGGUUGCCCGGGAGACGCUGCGGCGGUUCCGCUGGCUCCGAAGUCGCUGGGUAAGCGGCCGCUUCCUCCGAGCCACACGCGCGGGAGCUGGGGCUGGGGCUGUUCGGCGCUGCUCGAGGCUGCCCUGUCCGUGCAGUGCAGCAUUGUACUGCAAGUCAAUCGAUACAAUAAUAAUUUAAGUCACUUCAGCUAUAAUGGAAAAGUAUGAAAAAUUAGCUGAGAUUGGAGAAGGGUCUUAUGGGAUUGUAUUCAAAUGCAGAAACAAAACCUCUGGACAAGUAGCAGCUAUUAAAAAAUUUGUUCAAUCUGAAGAUAAUCCUGUUACUAAGAAAAUAGCACUAAGAGAAAUACGUACGUUGAAGCAAUUAAAACAUCCAAAUCUUGUAAACCUCACUGAAGUAUUUAGAAGAAAAAAGAAAAUAUAUUUAGUGUUUGAAUAUUGUGAUCAUACACUUUUAAACGAGUUGGAAAGAAACCCAAACAGGCUAGUAAUUGGGGCUUUGCAGUUUCUGAAUCCUAGCCCCUACCUUGUUUCCCAAUUCCAGUACUUACUCUCCUGCACCUAUAGGCUCUUAGAUCCCGACCAGACCAGCGUGAUUGCUGAUGCUGUGAUCAAAAGUGUAUUAUGGCAAACACUUCAAGGUCUUAAUUUCUGUCAUAUACAUAAUUAUAUGCACCGAGAUAUGAAACCUGAAAAUAUUCUAAUAACUAAGCAAGGAAUAAUCAAGAUUUGUGACUUUGGGUUUGCACGAAUUCUGAUUCCAGGAGAUGCCUACACCGGUUAUGUAGCUACGAGAUGGUACCGAGCUCCUGAACUUCUUGUGGGAGAUACUCACUAUGGUUCUUCAGUCGUUAUAUGGGCUAUUGGUUGCGUUUUUGCAGAGCUCCUGACAGGCCAGCCACUGUGGCCUGGAAAAUCAGAUAUAGACCAACUUUAUCUGAUAAUCAGAACACUAGGUAAAAUCCCAAGACGUCAAUCAAUCUUUAACCGGUUUUUCCAUGACAUCAGUAUACCUGAACCAGAAGACAAGGAAACUCUUGAAGAAAAGUUCUCAGACACUCAUCCUGUAGCUCUGAGCUUCAUGAAGGGGUGUCUGAAGAUGAAUCCAGAUGACAGAUUAACCUGUUCCCAACUCCUGGAGAGCCCCUACUUUGAUUCUUUUCAAGAGGACCAAAUUAAAAGAAAAGCGUGUAACAAACGAAGAAACAGAAGACACCAGCAGCAGGCACCCAGGCUUUUUCUCAAAACCAAGAUCUGCCAGGUACAAAGGAAUGAAACUCAGACAUCUGGGAACCAAAUUCUACCCAAUGGGCCAACAUUGCAGAACAGUUGGGUGACUCUUAUGACAAACAUUAAUUCUGCAGUUUAUCAGGUGACUGUCCUUCACUUGCUUUCAGAAAACUUUGAAGUUAAAUCAUAA